AUAACUUCAUGCAAAUAUUGCCGCAUAUUCUCACAGAAUCGCUUCAGGAAGGUCGCCCUGCUGCCGAGCACCGCUGCACCUGCGCACAGGUGGAUGGUGCGAAGAUGCUGCUCUUCGUCCUGCUGACCCUCUCGGUGCCCGCCAUCUCGCUGUCCUCGGAGCCCGACGUGAAGGAGAUCUGCUCCGUCUGCUCCUGCACACCGGUCGAGCACAUCCUCUACAUCUCCUGCGAGGGCAUCUCCAUGUACAGACCAAAUCAGCUCAGACCUCCGGCGGCCAACUUUUACCACCUCAACCUCCAGAACAAUCUGCUCAUCUCCUUGGCCCCCUACUCCUUCGCCAACUUCACCAAUGCCAUCUCCCUCCAGCUGGGCAACAACAAACUGCAAGAGAUCGAGGCAGGGGCUUUCCGGGGGCUCAGUGGGCUCAAGCAGUUGCACCUGAACAACAACGAGCUGCAGGUUCUGCGGGCGGAUAUCUUCCAGGGUUUGGAGAAUCUGGAGUACCUGCAGACCGACUACAACCUCAUCAAGUCCAUCGAGCGCGGAGCCUUCAACAAGAUGCACAAACUCAAAGUCCUUAUCCUGAACGACAACUUAAUCUCAUGGCUCCCGGACAACAUCUUUCGCUUUGCUUCUCUGACACACCUGGAUCUCCGCGGGAACAGGUUGCAAAAUAUCCCCUACAUCGGGGUUUUGGAACACGUUGGAAGGAUCGUGGAGUUUCAGCUGGCGGACAAUCCCUGGAACUGUUCCUGUGACCUGCUUCCCCUGACCUCCUGGUUGGACAACAUGCCUUAUCACCUGUACAUCGGAGAGGCCAUGUGUGAGGUACCUGCCAACCUGUACGGGAAGCUGCUGAAAGAGCUGACCAAGCGGGAUCUUUGCCCCGAGGACGGGGGCGGCAGUUUGGAGCCCACUGUCCCGCCACCCCUGCAGCUGGUUCCCAGGGGUACACGUCGGAGCACCCUUCCCACUGACUCCUCCAGGAGGUCGCAGUCGGGCAUCGCCUCCGGCAAGUUCCUGUCCAGUAGCCGCAACUACAGCCAAAUCGCCCCCUUUCAGACCAAGGUACCCCCGCAGGUGCUGUGCCCGGCCCGGUGUGUCUGCCAGAGCCAAGCCCUGGACCUGGGCAUGAGCGUCAGCUGUCAGGAGAGAGGGAUUGAGAAUGUGUCCACUUUAAUGCCCCGACCCCCCAGCGCCAGGAAACUCUUCCUGAAUGGCAACUACAUCAGGGAUAUCGAGCCCUCCGAUUUCGCGGAUUACGAGGGGUUAGAUUUGCUGCAUCUGGGGAACAAUCAAAUCACUGUCCUUCAGAAGGGUGUGUUCAGUAACCUGACCAAUUUGAGAAGGUUGUAUCUGAAUGGUAAUCAGUUGGGCAAGGUCUGCAAGGAGAUAUUCAUUGGUCUGCAGAACCUCCAAUACCUGUUCCUGGAGUAUAACAUGAUCAAAGAGGUGUUGCCGGGGACAUUUGACUCCAUGUCCAACCUCCAGCUCCUCGACUUGAACAACAACUUACUGAAGAGCUUACCUGCCUACGCCUUUGCCGGAGUCCCGCUGGCUCGCCUCAACCUGAGGAACAAUCACUUCAUGUACCUGCCGGUGAGCGGGGUCUUGGACCAGCUCAGGUCCCUGACUCAGAUCGAUUUGGAGGGGAAUCCCUGGGAUUGUACCUGCGACCUGGUGGCUCUGAAACUCUGGGUGGAAAAGCUUCACCACGGGACCCUGGUCAGGGAGGUGAAGUGUGAGACGCCGGUGAAAUUCGCCGGCGUGAACUUGACGACACUGAAGAGCGAAGUUCUCUGCCCUCGCCUGUUGAACAAGCCGGCUGUAGUGAGUCCCAACCCCGAGUCUCCGGCUGCAUCCAAAUCCACGCCCUUAAACUUGGCCAAGAGUUCUCCCGGGGGUCCGGUCCCCCUCUCUAUCCUCAUCCUCAGUAUCCUAGUUGUGCUGAUCCUGACCGUCUUCGUUGCAUUUUGUCUGCUGGUGUUUGUCCUGCAGCGACACAAGAAAACCAACCCCAAGCAAGAAGGGGGCAACCCCGAGUGCGGGUUGAUGCAGCCACACUUCAGUAAAUCGGAACCUGCUCUGAGCUCCGUGCCCCAGACCAUCGAGGAGAUGACCAAGAACUAUGCCGGGACUGGCCGCAGCUGCGAGCACGGCCUUUCGUUCGGCGAGUCCCAGGGACAGACCAUCUUCCUGAGGAACAUCUCGGAGAAGGAGAAGGAAGCCGUGCGCUCCGACAAGAAGAGGUUGAGCACCAUCGAGGAACUCGACGAGCUUCUGCCGGCCAGAGACUCCCAUUUGUUUUACCGGGAUGUAAUGGAAAGCAAACCAGAAAUGAACAGCCUGGGAGUCGGUGGCUUCGAGCUGAAAUAUCCAGAGAAACAACAAGAUGCGAAAAAACUGAAGAAAUCGCUCUUGGGGAGCACACAUCCGAAGAUGGUAGUGGAAUUAAGCAAGGGGGAAUAUUUCGAAUUGAAAGCGAAGCUUCAAGGUUCCCCCGACUACCUACAGGUGUUGGAGGAACAAACAGCCCUCAGUCAGAUAUAG